AUGGCGCGCCGCAGCUCAGCGCGUCUGCGCGGGCGGAACUCGUCAACACCCAAGCGUGUCUCCCUCUCCCACGAUGCGCCGCUUCACACGCCACGCACCGUCCCUGCGAAGCUCAGCUCCCUGCAGGAGAAUGAUGAAAUGCCAGGCGCAUUCCCAAAUUCUGCCUCCCCGGCGCCGCGACGCUCAAUCGACGAGUCGAAGCAGACCACGAAAAUCCCCAUGAAUUUCGGAGCAACCACGCCUAAGCACAACACACCCAUCAGACCAACAGCAGAGGAAAUGCAUCCCGAGAAGCACCAUCAAAGCACUGCGAAGCCCAUGGAAGAGGCGCGCUGGCUGGGCUUCGCAAACAUGGCGCCGCACACUGAGCCGCCGAAGCACGCAAGCAGGAUCGCGACCCUCCAAGGCACGCCUACACGGUCCACCAGCACUCGAAAGCCAACCGCGGACUCGCCAAAAAUCCAGUUCAGCUUCCAGCGCGAGCAGUCACUCGAGCUGAGUCCAGCCGCGAAGAAACUGAUGAGUGAGAAGCGGGAAGAGGCUGCCAAGAUCAGGGAGCAGAUGAUUGCUAGUGGUGCAAACGCAGAGGAUGCAGCGGCAGCUGGGAGGAGAAUUGCGACUCCGCGCGGGAAGAAGGGCCGUUUCAGCGAAGUACAUCUGGAAGAGUUCAAGAAGAUGGAUUCGAUUGCUUCACAUCCAUCGGCAAUGCGCGCAGCUACUCACAAGACGAGCGCCAAUGGCACGCCAAUUCGCGUCCAGACGGAGAGCCAAAAGGUUCAGGCCACACCAAGCCCGGUGAAGUCUCUCAAGCGCAGUCCGUCGAAGGCUCAGCUUGAUGAGCCUCUUCCCAAGCAGCAGCAACUCUCGCUCCCACGAUCCUCUUCCAAGCCAACUUUCCUCCCGCAUGGUGCACCCUCAAGCACAUCGAAAGAGGAGAAGAGUGCACCCGAUGAUAGCUCGUCGCCAGCUAAGCGCGUUAAGAGAUACGAGGCCCAGGAUGUGUCGAUAGCACGACCAUCGUCCAAACAGUCCGACAAACCGAAUCCGUCUACACCAACUGCAACGGCCAAGGCCACAAAGCAUGUCAACUUCUCCAACAUAGCCUCACCAACACAGUCCUCCUUGUCCCGCAACGCGAGCGUCAAGACUACCAACACCUCGAAAAUCCCAGGACCGCAACUCACGCGCUCACCUUCGAAGCCGCAGCUCCAGGACAACAGCACGCAGUCCACGCAGCUCGUGCGCUCACCCUCCAAGCCGGAGCUUCAGGAUAACACCACGCAAUCCACACCACUUCUGGCUCGCUCGCCAUCAAAGGCAUGCCUCUUCUCUCGCCCGACUGCCGGUGCCUCCCAGGAAGCCGAGCAGCCAGCCAGUCCACUUCUUCAGCGCUCCCCGCUCAAAGGUUCUCUGCUCAAGAAGUCCUCAGACAGCAACGAGUCCAGUGGACCGCAAAUCUCGUAUCCUGCUCUUCUCUCCCAGUCGCCCAAGAAGGGGUCAGUGGCUAAGGACCACAGCUCAGAGGGGGCUAAAGAAAAGCCUGCUCCUGCUACUCCCCUGCUCGCUCGUACGCCUGCGAAGAUUACCAUGCCGACCGAGCGGACCGAGGAGGCGACUACGAAGAUCCCAACGACUGGAAGCAAGUUACUGGGCCGCUUCAACCUUCUCCGUGCCUCUCCGAUGAAGUCAAUCCUCCGCUCUCCCCACCGUAUGUAUUCGGACGAUCCUUUGAAGGUGGCCGCUGGCACCCACCUGGCUACUCCACCAAAGAUCACCAGCAAGCAAGGCAAGGGUUCUGGUGAAGGAGUCACUUCCUCCUUGCAGAAGCGUGUCGACUUCAGCUCAUCUACCAAGGCUCGUUACGAACGUGCUCAGAGCGAGUUGAGCAGCACGCCGUCGAAGGGUCCGACGCCAUCGCCAAAGCCUGGUCGUGAAGCGGAGGAGUCGCCUAAGCCAACCGGACUGUACCCGGAACUGCCUUCUCAGAUGAGCACACCGACCGUCUCGCCACAGAAGCGCCGUCAGACAGCCACGCCGGCCGACUUCACCUUCCGUGCUGGCCAGCAAAACAUCAUCUUCAGCCAGUCGCCAAACGCACCUCCAUCGGCUGCCAGCAGCAAGCGCUCGUCUACCAUCCGUCACGUCUCAGCCGAGCCUCAGCUCCCGUCCGCCCCUAUGCUCGCUCCAGCUACCACAGCCAAGAAGCGCAAGUUCGACUUCGAGAACGACAACGCCGCGGAUACUGAGAAGAUUGUUGAGGCGUCGGACAAGGAGAACGCUGCAGAGGAGGAAGCCGACCGCCCGGCGAAACGUGUGAAGCACAGUGAGCCAUCGCCUGCGAAGCCAGCCACGAAGCCGUCUACGCGCCGUCCAACGCUUGGUGUGAAGCCCAAGAAGGGAGAGGAGGUUCCCAAGGAGAAGAAGGCUUCGACGAUCAGUCGCGCUAGGCUGAACGCUCUCGCUCAGCCGAAGCGUAAGGCAUAA